AGGAGGGAGAAAAGCAAACUGCUCUUGGGCAACAGUUCUUUUCACUUCUGUCUGGACUCCUCUUUUGCCCCCUUCUCUGCUGGACAGACAUGGAGAAACUCAUGCACCUCAUCCUGGUCUUCUUCUCAGCAUCCUGCACUGCAGAGAACAUCACUACAGUGUAUGGAAUGGAGGGGGGGACCAUAUCUGUGAACUGCACCUAUAACCCCCGGCAGCAGCGGUGGAGAGAGAAGAGCUGGUGCAAGCAGAUCGAUGGCAGCAAGUGCCAACACGUGGUGAGCGCCCGCCGCUUCUGGCUGCCGUUCCUGAAGAACAGGAAUGGCACCACUUCCAUCAGCGACAACAUCCAGGAUGGGGUCCUGACAGUGACCAUGAGGCGACUCAGGAAGCAGGACGCCGGGCUGUACCAGUGCAAAACUAACUACCUGGGGGAAACAAACACUUUACGGAAGGUACAAGUGGAUGUGCUGACAGCUGUUCUGGAGACCCAAAUCCCAGAGGAACCCAGUGCUGUGCAGAGCACCUCCAGCAUCCCUCCUAAAGCUGAUUUCACGGUCUUCUACAUCAUUGCUGGAUUACUGGCUACUAAGUUUGUGGUGGCUGUGCUGAUCUUUAUCAUUAGCAACAGCAGGAAAAACAGAGAGACAGAGCAGAACAAGCCAAGCCUGAAUGAACACCAGGUCCUCCGUUUCCCUGGUGACCUCGUAGAGCAUGCACAUGGUGGAAUCAGCCCCUCCUGGGAGAACACUGCUUAGAGCCAAACGAAAGAGAACUGAUAGGGAAAUGAACAUCAAGCUUUUUCUAGCAAAGCUUUGCCACCUGCUAUAAGAAAGAAAAGCACUGCCUACUAAAUAUAGGUAUUUACAAACGUAUUUACAAAUGUAUCACAUCUGGAGAGGGAAUGACAUACCUUCUCUCAUUGCUGACGACCAGCUUUCUCCAACACAACAAAAUUGAAAUGAUGCUGCCAGUAACACCUGAAACUGAUGGAAGCAGGUGGGACUGAGGGCUGGGAGGAGCGAGGAAGAUGAAAUUUUUUUGUCAAGAGAUCCAACACAAACCUACCCAUGUGGCAGAGAUGCUUCCCCAGACACAGUAAUGCACAGAUAAUACAUUAUAAUACAAGUAAAACCACAGAUACAGCAAUGAACUUAAACAAGAGUCCAGGUGAACACAUCUCAACCACCUUGUGUUUUUGUGCACUCACACACCCAUACAUGCAGUGCAAAAAUGAUUAGACAUUGUUUCAACUCAAAUCUCCAAGGAAGUUUUGAUUUGUUGAAGAACAGUGCUGGACAGCUCUCAGCUUUUUUUCAGAAUGUCCUAUACAUGUCUACAGAGCCCAUGAAUGCUUCUUCCAAAAGCAUUAAGUAUAAAUGGAUGUAUGUGGUUCUACUGAAAGCUAGUGUUGUUGUCUAGAAAUCAGCUUUGUUAAGACUUGUUUCUAAGAGUCCUGUCCAUAAAGACUGAUGUUUUUGCCGUACUUAUGGCAAUGCAGUGCUCUGCUGUCACCUCCAGUCACUGCCAGUAACUGCACCAUGCUUCCAGGCAGUUAUUCCAAGUGCUUAUCCCCUGCUCGGGUGAGAUCUAUCAGUGCUGUGCCAUCUCAGAGUAUUGCUAGGUGACAGAUUCUCUUUUUCUAAGAUCCCAAAGAUCUCCUUGCACAGAGUGGAUCCUUAGCAGUCAGUCAGUGUGGAGAGGAAUAUGGAACCGCAGAACUUAACAGUUAAGGGAGGUGAAAUCUGCACACAGCUCUGAGCUUGUUUCUUCACUUCUCAAAUCAUUCCAUGAACACAAAAAUGAUCUGUCUCUCUGUACUUUACCUGCACUUUUUCUACCUUCUCAAGGGGAUCACUGUUCAUCAUUCCCCAAAAGGAAGCUGCAAUUACCUGUCCAAAGAAGAACCCAAACCCAAUGCCAUUCACUUCUUCCCACAUUGCCUACAAAGCUAAAUAAAAUCAAACUGGUUAUCUUA